CCCUACCCUACUCAAAAGACGGCCAAAUUCCUUCGACAUUCCUUUGUGUCAUUCAAGAGUAGCCGCAAAUCGCAAUCCUCUCUAAAAAAUGGAUCAAACUGAUCAACUCGCAGCAUAAUCCACAAUCGUUGUGAAGAAAGGUGAUUUCACUCAUAUGUGAAGCCUCAAGCUAAGAUGUUCAUGCAAGCUCCUAUACCUUACUAUGAUAAAAUGGUGUUUCUCUAUGGAAAAGAUAGAGCUACUGGAGAUCAAUCAAUAACUUCUUCAGAGCUUCGAAAGUGUCAUAGUUCAAUUGGUACAGAUGACUACAAUGACUCUACCACUGAUUCACAUGUGCGCGUUGAUGAUGAUGUUGAGAUAACGUCAAAUUCAAAAAGUAAAUCCACCGAAAAAUCCAAGAAAUCAAUUGCAAAAGAGAAAGACAUUUUUGGUGAAGGAAUUAAGGAAGCAGUUGACAAAGUGGUGAUGCGAUCAAAACUUCUGGUGAGCUUCUUAGCAAGAAAGCUCCAAUAUCUCCAAGCCAGACACAUGAAUUAUUGAUGGAAUUGGGAUUUCAACCGUCACUGAUCCACAUGUAUUACAACAAAAACUUGUGAUGAAUAUGGAUUUGCUUAAUGCGGUGCUUGGUUGUCCAAUGGAGUUUCACAAGGAUUUCAUUCGAGGGACGUUUGGUUGUAUGGAGCUGUCUUAGUUCACCAAAGUUGUCUACUUCAUUGCUUACUAUCUAAUGCUUUGUAAUUCACAUUUGUGAUGUGAAGUCUAUUUAUGAUUUAUGCUAUUGAACUAGAGAUAUGAUGUUUAAUAUGUUAUGGAAAUAUAUUUUGACUAGUAUGCUAUAUAUUUAGUUUGAACCUUAUAAUGACAUGCAUUAUGAUUAUACUUGGG